AAAAAAAAUUAUUUCUUUUUAAAUUUUGAAAUAUGAAACUCAAUAUUUUCUUUUACAGUGCAAUUCUUGGCAUUCUAUGUUUUAAUAUUGUGGACUUGAACAAUGAAACCUAUAAAACAAGUUUUACAAGCAAAAGGUGCGUCAAGAUUAAAUGCGAGUCCAUUUACGGAAUAAAAAAUUUCGAAAUCGGGGAAAUCAAAGAUAUUAAUAGUAUAACUUAUAAUGCCACGGCAGGAUUUGAGACUUCUAAUAUUUUCCUACCUGAUCACUCUAUCCAGUUUUUUAUAUGUAAAGUGUUCACAUAUAUAAACGAAACUCAUAUAGGCGGUAAAUUUCAAGAUAUCCUAAUCAAAUAUAUUAUUAAUCAGGAAAGCUACAAAUGCCAGAUAAAUAAUUUAGAAAAAAAAGCGAAAUAUUUCAUAGAAGUUUCGGUUGAAUAUAUAACUGUUACAGGAUUCAAUAAAAGCGCGAAUGUUUUCUCUGCUAUGCACACGUUCAGAUAUGCAACCAAACGGCGUGUCAAAAAUAAUGGAACAAAACGGCCAUUUAUCAAAAAUUAUGAUUUAGAGUUUACUCCUAAGAUAUAUAAAAAAACUACCGCAAAACUAUCGAAAAAAUCAAAAAAAUUCAAAAUUAUAAUAAAAUGGAGUACUGGUCACUUGAAAUGGAAUUUAUCAAGUAUGAUAGACAUGUUCAAUUUGGUCACGGGAAUUUCACCCACCUAUUCCGAGCAUUCGAAUCAACAUAGAUGGUAUAAAAUAUCGGUAAAUACUAAGUCUCACACAUUUCAAAAUGUUGAACCGAAUACCGAGUACGUCGUAACUUUGGGAUUUAUUUUCAAAGAUAAAUUCUCGAGCCUGACAUUAAAAGCAAAUACUAUCGAUAGGGUUUUCGUAAAUUUUACCAGUGAUAUAAGGAGAAUUUUACCGUUAUUAUAUACAUUGGAAGUUCCAAAAAUAUGA